UCUUUCUCCUCCGCAGCAUGAUUGGGUUGUUUUUUGUUUUAUUUUGUUUUUCUCAGGCACUCACGGAAACAACUUCGGAGGAGGGCUAAUCCCAUUGGUCGUGUGACUUAACGCGCCACUUUCCGGGAGCAGGGGGCUUAGCCUCGUCCUCUAGUCACACAGUAUUAAGGACAAUCACAUUCUAUUCAUCUUGGAUGAUAGAGCAACAAUUAUAUAAACUGGAUGUAAGCUGGCCUAAACUUCCAGAAUACUUCACUGGUCAAACAUUUUGUGUUGGCGUUGACCCUAUCAGUGAUUUGGUCUAUGUUGCACAACGAGGGGUUAACGUGCCAAAAGUACUCGUGUUUUCAGAGAAUGGAGAUUUCCGGCAAGCUUGGAAUUCUACAGUUGAAAUGCCUCAUGGUAUUUUUGUAGUCAGCAAUAGUACUGAUAGCUCAGUAUGGAUCACAGAUGUUGGAAAUGGGAAGUAUGGACAUACUGUGAAACAGUACAGUACUUCUGGUAAACCAGUGCAAACCUUGGGCACCCCUGGUAAACCUGGUUCAGCUCUGAUUCCACUGCAGUUUGAUCAGCCAGCAGAAAUAUUUGUAGAUCAAAAUGGGGAUAUCUAUAUUGUAGAUGGAGAUGGAGGCUUGAACAACAGAUUACUCAAACUGACCAAUGAUUUCAAGGUGAUGUGGCUGCAUGCAGAAAAUGGUACAGGUGCUGCUCAGUUCAGGAUUCCUCACAGUGUAACAGUGGAUUCUGUUGGACGGGUGUGGGUUGCUGACCGAGCAAACAAAAGAAUCCAGGUUUUUGAUAAAGUCACAGGCGAGUGGCUAGGGGCUUGGAGUAGCUGUUUCAAAGAAGAUGGUCCCUAUUCUGUCAGGUUAACUCCCAAUGAGAAGUAUCUAAUUGUAGCUCAGCUGAAUAUUAACCGUGUAUCCAUCUUGGCAGCACCCCCAGUAGGAUCCAUUGGAGACUGUAUUGUGGUAAACAUAAUCCAGAUGGCUGAUGAAGUCAAACCACACCUUGUGGAUGUAAAUGUGAAGACUGGAGCAAUUUAUGUAGCAGCAAUUGGAUCACAACAAGUACAUAAAUAUGUACCUUUAAAUUAAUGGAUUUCUUUGGUUCAUUCGGCACAAGCCACUUUUGGCAAUAAGUGAGUUUUUCUUAAAUUCAUUGCAGACUGUUCUACCUUCCACAAGCACAGGAUGUUUCACUCCGAGGACCCAUAAAACAGAUGGCUCUGGUUUGUGACCUGUCUUUUUUCUUUUAUAUGUUCUUUUGUUAAUCUCAGGGAUUUUUCUUGUUUGUUCUUUGUGUGCAUUUCAUUUCUGUUAGCUACUGGGAUUUGAAGAAUGUAUUUCAUGAGCAUAUUUGCUCCAUUUUAUUACUUUCUAACCAUUAUUUUAAACUUCAACGUAGUUCCCCCUCCCUCCCACCCUUUCUUCUUUGGUUAACUUAUGACGCAACCUGUCGAUAGCAGGGGG